AUGGCUGAAGGUAGCGGCAGGACCAGUGUGGGAGGAGGAGGGGUGCGUGUUCUCCAGGACCCCUCUCAGAAGGUGGGAUCAGCUCUGGCAGACGAGAGGGUGGACUUCCUGCGGGAGCAGGCCGUCUGCGUGCUCCGUGUGAAGACAGACAAGUGGAACCGCUUCAUCGGAGCGGAGGAGAACCAGAGAGUCCUGCUGGAGUUCCUGGACCACACCUGGACAGACAGGCUGCUGCUGUUCACAGGGCCAGGAGGGACGCUGCACGCUGGGGACGCCCAGACCUCCGCCCCCUGGAGGACCAAGCUACUGUGUCUGCGGAAGAGAAAGGUUCUGAGGAUCACCAUCCCAGGAUUCAGGACCCAGCUCUGGCUGGGCGAGGUGUCUGGGAACCCCAUGGAGCACCUACCUGUCCUCAUCUCUGAGGUGCUGGUGUCGGUCCUGUCUAACAGUCUGAACCAGAGGGGUUGGCCCAGGGUGGUGUCGGAGGACAUCCACAAACACCUGGAGCAGCUGAGGAGCAGAGUGGUCACACUGAGGGGCAGGGCAGAGGGACGCACUCUGCUGCCCCUCCCACUGUGUGUAGAGAGAGCUCAACCACAGGACAUAAUGCUCAGCCCCACUGGCUGGCCUUUGGACCAUGGCCUGCUGUACUCCAUAGAGACCCUAGUGGUCCAGUGGUCUGGUCAGAUAUGGUCAGUCCUAAAGAGGGACUCCAGCACGGUGUUGCAGCAGAGGGACCACCCAGGCCCCGGGGCUGAACUGCACUUCUGGACUACUCAGAGAGACAACCUGCUAGGCAUCCAGGAACAGAUCCAGAGCCCGAAGGUGGAACAGAUCAAGGAGAUUCUGAGGAGGGUCAAAAGCAGCUACUAUCCUUCCUUCUGCGACAUCUGCCUCAAAGUCAACCAUGCUGUGCUGGAGGCAGAGGACAUCGACCUGUAUCUGCGCCCUCUCCGAAGACUCAUCUGCAGUUUUGAGGAAAAGAGCUUCUUCCAGGUCGAGAGCCUGCUGCCUCCUCUGUUCCACACGCUGUGUCUGAUCUGGAGUCAGUCCCACUACUACUGCUCCCCUGCUCGCAUGGUGGUCCUGCUGCAGGAGUUCUGCAACCUGCUUAUAGACAAGGCCUUUGUGUACCUUCUCCCAGAGGAGCUGUUUAAGAUGGAGCUGGAAGAGGGGGUGGAGAGGGUUCAGAUAACCAUCUCGGUGCUGCAGAGCUUCAAACAGCUCUUCCACUCCCACCGUCAGAGCAUCCCCCAGUACUACCGCCCAGGCGAGACCAUCAAGCCCUGGGACUUCCCUGCUGCCCUGGUCUUCAGCCGCACAGACCGCGUACUGGAGAGGCUGCAUAUGAUAGAGGAGCUGUUUGGGUCAGCCCUAGACUUCCUCAAACUGGAGAAGGUGGAACUGGGAGGAUCUCGAGGGAAGAUCCUCAGUGAGAUGGUGUUCAGCAUGAAUGAAGAGUUCCACGAUAGUUGGAGAACAUUGAGAGAGAGCAAAUACGAUCCUUUAAACUACACCAAAGACGACUUCCUGAAAGACUACUGGCGUUUCAUGGAGCAGAAUAAAGACUUUGACCAGAGACUUGGAACAGUCCUCAACCUAGCCUUCCAACACUCCAAGGGCCUGGAGUCCACCUUUAAGUUGCUGCAGAUGUUUGGGAGCCUGCUGGAGAGGCCCAGGAUCAGUGAGCUGUUCGCUCCCAACUACACCCUUCUGCUGUCCAUGUUCAACCAGGAGGUGGAGCACUGCCAGUUCAUCCUGGAGCAGCACAGGGAGGCGCUGCGUUCGGGCUGCGCGGUCCUCAGUAAGAACAUGCCUGCGGUCGCUGGCAACUUGAAGUGGGCUCAGGAGCUACGAGAUCGCAUCCUGACCAAUCGCAGCAACCUCAACCAACUCACACACAUGCCUCUGAAUUCAGCGGAGGCAGAGGAUGUUCUCCAGAGGUGUGAACAUGUUCUGGAGGUAUUGGACCAGCACGAUGAGGAACUGUUUUCUCUGUGGACCGAGGGCCUGGAGGAACUCUGUAACACUCACCUCCAGGAACCACUACUGACCCUGGACUCAGAGACGGGCCUGUUCCAGGUCAACUUCAGCCCUGCUUUGACCUCAGUGUUGAGGGAGGUGAAAUAUCUGGGAAUGCUGAAGAACCACUCCAUACCUAAUGCUGCUCUGCAGCUCUACUCCAAACGAGAGCAGCUCCACAUGUACACCCAGACGUUGUCUCUCGUGACCCAGUGGUAUAAUAGGCUCCACAGCACCAUACUGGCUGUGGAGCUGGGAUUGGUCAAGGAGGAGAUGGACAGGACCAGACGGCAGCUAAACCCCGCCCUCCGGGAACUAACCUGGGCUCACAAUGACCUGUGGGACUACAUACAGACCACACGAGACCUGGUCAAGGGUGUGUCCACCCGUGUCCACAGCAGCAAGGCCAACGUGGAGGCCAUCCAGGGGCUGAUGGGGAAGUUCAGCCAUCAGGCCUUCAUCACCAGGAAGAGCAAAGGGUCCACCCUCCUCAUCCUCAGUGACAUGGAGGACAGUGUACACAAGCAAUACACACUCAUUACCAAGACUGGGCAACAGAUACACACUCUUCUACAGGAGAACCAGUCACUGCUGGGGGUGUCCGACCCAGACAGUGCAGAGUGGCAGGCCUACACAGACUACAUAGAUAGGAUGGUUCUAGGAGGGUUCUCCAGCGCCGUCCGCUGUUCUCUACUGUACCUGAUGGAGAACACUGACCCUUCGCUCCGCAUCUCGCCACUCUUCGAGGUGCAGCUGGUCCUGAAAGCCAACGAGAUGACCUUCGAACCCUCGUUGGACCCCAGUCACCAUGGCAACUUCUAUGACAUCAUUGACAAGAUGGUGGGUAAUAUAACCAACAUGACGGCUUUCAUACCCCGGGUGGCAAAGCACAAACAACUGGACAACUAUCAGGCUGACGUGGACGGGAUGGCAGACCUGUCGGAGCUGUGUCAGGUCAUCAGGGCUCGCGCCCGCACCGCCAUCGCUAAGGUCAGGGAAUACCAGGGGUCGUUCGCAAGCUACCGCUACCUUUGGAGGGAUGACAGGUCAGAGUUUAUGAGGCAGUUCCUGCUUUAUGGUCAUGUUCUGAGUACAGAGGAGGCGGAGCUGUAUGCAGACUAUGAGCUGAAGAAGAACCCGCCCACCCUGGACAACUUCAAAGAACAGAUCAACCUGUUUGAGUCUCUGUACGUGAGGGUGAGCAAGAUGGAGGACCAGAGGCUGUUCUGUGGCUGGCUGCAGAUGGACGUCAGUCCUUUCAAACACACCCUCAUGAAUGUCAUCAAGAAGUGGAGCUGGAUGUUCAAGGAGCACUUGCUCAACCACGUCAACCAGAGUGUGAGGGACCUGGCCUCGUUCGUCCAGGACACAGCCCGGGGCUUGUCUAACAAAGUGACAGAUGGAGACUACGCUGGCCUGGUGGACAUCAUGGGUCACCUGAUGGCCAUACGGGACAGACAGAUCAGCAACGAUCAGCACUUCAAACCUCUCAAGUCCACCGCUGAGCUCCUUAAGACCUAUGGCCAGCAGCUUCCUGAGAGCGUCUACACACAGCUGGAGGAACUGCCUGAGAAGUGGAAGACGGUGAAGAAGAUAGCUUUCACAGUGAAGCACGAGGUGGCCCCACUGCAGUCCAACGAGGUGUCUGUCAUACGCAGGAAGUGUGUUCGCUUUGAGGUCAAGCAGCAUGAGUUCAGAGAGCAGUUUCGUAAUGAGGUCAUCUUCAGAAUCAACGUGGACGAGCCUUACAAGCUCAUGGACAAGUCAAACCGCACGGUGGCGUUGUUGGAAACAGAGAUGCAGAAGCUGCAGGACACAGCUGACCUGUUUGAGGUCAACUUCCCUGACUACAAACAGCUGCGCCAGUGUCGCUCCGACAUCAUACUGGUCAAAGCUGUCUGGGACAUGGUCAUCUUCGUCAAGACUAGUAUAGAAGACUGGACCAAGACUCCAUGGAAGGAGAUCAAUGUGGAGCUGAUGGACAUGGAGCUGAGACGCUUCGCCAAGGAGAUGAAGACCCUGGAUAAGGAGGUGCGUGUGUGGGGCGUGUACAUGGGUCUGGAGUCAACGGUCAAGAACCUGCUGACCUCUCUGCGGGCAGUCAACGAGCUUCAGAACUCUGCGGUCCGAGAGAGGCACUGGCAGCAGCUGAUGAAUACCACAGGGGUGCGCUUUGUGAUGUGGGAGGGCACCACCCUUGGGGACCUGCUGGAGCUGCAGCUGCACCGUGUCGAGGACGAGGUCAAAAACAUAGUGGACAAAUCCGUCAAAGAGAUGGCCAUCGAGAAGGUGCUGGCAGAGAUUACCCAGACGUGGAGUGUGAUGGUUCUGUCCUAUGAGACCCACGCCAGCACAGGAACCCCUCUCCUCAAGUCUGAUGAGAACCUCAUAGAAACCCUGGAGGACAACCAGGUCCAGCUGCAGAACAUCCUGAUGAGUAAGUACGUGGAGUACUUCCAGGCAGAGGUGAGCGGCUGGCAGCGCAGGCUGAUGGUGGCAGACCUGGUCAUCUCCUCUUGGAUGUCGGUGCAGAGAACCUGGGCCCACCUCAACAGCAUCUUCACCAACAGCCACGACAUCCGCUCCCAGCUGGCCAACGACGCGCAGCGCUUCCAGGGCAUACACACAGACUUCCAGAACCUGAUGACUGAGGUGGUCAAGUCAAGCAACGUGGUGGAGGUCACCAACCAGCCUGGCUACCUGGAGCAGCUGGAGGCUCUGCAGCAGAGGCUGUCUGUGUGUGAGAAGGCCCUAGCUGAGUAUCUGGAGACCAAGAGGCUGACGUUCCCUCGCUUCUACUUCGUCUCUGCUACAGACCUGCUGGAGAUCGUCUCCAAGGGAACGCAGCCCAAACAGGUCACCAGACACCUGCUGAAGCUGUUUGACAACAUAGCAGACCUCUGCUUCCAGGACACAGAGCCAGGGCGGGAGUCUGGGGGGAGAGAGGGGGAGGAGGGGGAGGCGGUUGCCGUGGGGAUGUACAGCCGGGAGGGGGAGUAUGUACCCUUCUCUGACCCCUGUCUCUGCCAGGGACAGGCGGAGUGCUGGCUGAGUGAGCUAGAGAGCACCAUGCGCUGCACUGUCCGGAGAGAGAUACAGGAGGCAGUGGCUGCAUAUGAAGACAAACCCCGAGACCAGUGGCUGUUUGACUACCCUGCCCAGGUGGGUCUGACAGGCAGUCAGGUGUGGUGGGCCACAGACGUGGGCAUAGCCUUUGAGAGGGUGGAGGAGGGCUUCGAGACAGCCCUGAAAGACUACAACAAGAAACAGAUCACCCAGCUGAACUCCCUGAUCCACAUGCUGCUGGGGGAGCUGACCCCUGGAGACAGACAGAAGAUCAUGACCUUGUGCACCAUCGACGUGCACGCUCGGGACGUGGUGGCCAAACUCAUCACACAGAAGGUAACCACAGGCCAGGAGUUUGCGUGGCUGUCCCAGCUGCGUCAUCGCUGGGAUGAACAGACCAGACACUGCUACAUCAACAUCUGUGACGCCCAGUUCCAGUUCAGCUAUGAGUACCUGGGGAACACCAACAGACUGGUCAUCACACCACUGACUGACCGGUGUUACAUCACACUGACUCAGUCGCUCCACCUGACUAUGAGUGGCGCCCCCUCUGGCCCGGCGGGAACAGGGAAGACUGAGACCACCAAGGACCUAGGCCGCUCGAUAGGCAUCAUGGUCUAUGUAUUCAACUGCUCAGAGCAGAUGGACUACAAGUCCAUAGGGAACAUCUAUAAGGGUCUUGCUCUGACUGGAGUGUGGGGUUGCUUUGAUGAGUUCAACAGGAUCUCUGUGGAGGUGCUGUCAGUGGUCGCUGUUCAGGUCAAAACCAUCCAGGACGCCAUCCGCAACAAGAAACAGAGGUUUCACUUCCUGGGAGAGGAGAUUGAGCUGAGGCCAUCUGUAGGCAUCUUCAUCACUCUGAACCCGGGCUACGCAGGGAGGGCGGAGCUACCUGAGAACCUCAAGGCCCUCUUCAGGCCCUGUGCGAUGGUGAUCCCUGACUACGAGUUGAUCUGUGAGAUCAUGCUGGUGGCGGAGGGCUUCAUCGACGCUCGUCUGCUCGCUCGCAAGUUCAUCAGCCUGUACACGCUCUGCAAGGAGCUGCUGUCCAAGCAGGACCACUACGACUGGGGGCUGAGGGCAAUCAAGUCAGUGCUGGUGGUGGCGGGGUCCCUAAAGAGAGAAGACAGGAGCAGGCCAGAGGAACAGGUGCUGAUGCGAGCGCUGAGGGACUUCAACCUUCCCAAGAUAGUGACCAGUGAUGUGCCCAUCUUCCUGGGCCUCAUCAGUGACCUGUUCCCCCUCCUGGACGUGGCCCGCAAGAGAGACCCUCAGCUGGAGACGGCCGUGCGGCUGUCUGUCAGCGAGCUGCACCUGCAGCCGGAGGAGAACUUCAUCCUCAAGGUGACUCAGCUGGAGGAGCUCCUGGCUGUAAGACACUCUGUGUUUGUCGUUGGAGGACCUGGAACAGGGAAGAGCCAGAUCUUGAAGACUCUCCACAGGACCCAUGCUAAUCUGAAGAUGAAGCCAGUGUGGACAGACAUGAACCCCAAGGCUGUGACCACAGACGAGCUGUUUGGCUUCCUGCACCCUGCCACCCGGGAAUGGAAGGAUGGCCUGUUCUCCUCCACCAUGAGGGAGCUGACCUCUGUCAGCCAUGAUGGACCCAAGUGGAUUGUCCUGGACGGGGACAUUGACCCCAUGUGGAUAGAGUCCCUCAACACUGUCAUGGACGACAACAAGGUGCUGACCCUGGCCAGUAACGAGCGCAUCAGCCUCUCCUCCUCCAUGCGUCUGCUGUUUGAGAUCUCCCACCUGAGGGCUGCUACUCCUGCCACCGUGUCCCGUGCCGGCAUUCUCUACGUCAACCCCCAGGACCUGGGCUGGAGCUCGUAUGUAACAAGCUGGAUUGACACACGACAGGCCCAAUCAGAGCGGGCCAACCUGACCAUUCUGUUUGAUAAAUACGUCCCAUACUGUCUGGAGCAGGUCCGCUGUAACCUCAAAACUAUCACUCCCAUCCCUGAGAACAGCAUGGUGCAGACUCUGUGUUCUCUGCUGGACUGCCUGCUGACGGAGAAGACCACGCCCACUGACUCCCCCAGAGAGCUGUACGAGAUCUACUUUGUCUUCGCCUGUGUCUGGGCGUUCGGAGGGGCACUUUUCCAGGACCACUUGCUAGACUACCGAGCAGAGUUCAGUCGCUGGUGGUCUAAGGAGAUGAGGGCAGUCAAGUUCCCCUCCCAGGGCACUGUGUUUGACUACUUCAUAGACUCAGACACCAAGAAGUUCACUCCCUGGAGCGAGAGAAUGCUCCCAUUCGAGCUGGAGCCAGAUGUACCACUACAGACGGUGCUGGUUCAAACAGCAGAGACCACCUGUCUGACCUACUUCAUAGACCUGCUGCUCCAGAGAGGCAAGCCGGUGAUGCUGGUGGGGAACGCCGGCGUGGGGAAGACCAUUCUGGUGUCGGACAAAGUGGCCAAGCUGAAGGAAGACUACGUGGUGGCUAAGGUCCCCUUUAACUAUUGCACCACCUCGGCCAUGCUGCAACGUGUGCUGGAGAAGCCUCUGGAGAAGAAGGCGGGCCGUAACUAUGCCCCUCCCGCCACCAAGAGACUCAUCUACUUCAUAGACGACCUCAACAUGCCUGAGGUGGACGCCUAUGGAACGGUCCAGCCUCACACUCUCAUACGCCAACACCUCGACUACAACCACUGGUAUGACAGGCAGAGGCUGGUGUUGAAGGAGAUCCAUAACUGCCAGUACAUCACCUGUAUGAACCCUACAGCUGGGAGCUUCUCCGUCAACCCGCGACUGCAGAGACAUUUCUCUGUCUUUGCGGUCCAUUUCCCUAGCGCUGAGGCGUUAGCCACCAUCUUCAGCAGCAUUUUGUCGGCCCACUUCCUCCAGGGGGGCUUCAGCUACGGGGUCUCCCGCUCCGUGGGAACCCUCAUUCAGGCAGCCAUCUGUCUCCAUCAGAAGAUCAGUCAGAACUUUCUCCCCACAGCCAUUCGCUUCCAUUAUAUCUUUAACCUCCGAGACCUCUCCAACAUCUUCCAGGGUAUUCUGUUUGCCCUGCCAGAGUGUGUGCGGUACCCCAUAGACCUGGUCCACCUGUGGCUGCAUGAGAGCUCCCGUGUCUACUCAGACAAACUGAUGGAGGAGAAGGAUGUGGAGCUCUUCAACAAGAUCCUCCUGGACACUGGCAAGAGAUACUUUGAGGGUAUAGAUGAGUCUAUCUUCAUCCACCAGCCUCUAGUGUACUGUCACUUUGCUCAUGGAGUGGGAGAGCUUCGAUACCAUCAGGCGUCUGACUGGGAGAAGCUGAACAAGACCCUGACCGAUGCUCUGGAACAUUACAACGAGCUGCAUGCCGUCAUGAACCUGGUGCUGUUUGAGGAGGCCAUGCAGCACGUGUGUCGUAUCAGUCGGAUCCUGGAGGCUCCCCACGGCAACGCCCUUCUGGUGGGCGUGGGGGGCAGUGGGAAGCAGAGCUUGUGUCGACUGGCAGCCUUCCUCAGCCUUCUGGAAGUCUUCCAGAUCACCCUGAGGAAGGGUUAUGGCAUCAAUGACCUCCGGAGUGACAUAGCAGCGUUGUAUAUCAAGGUGGGAAUGAAGAACAUCGGUACUGUCUUCCUCCACACAGAUGCCCAGAUCCCUGACGAACGCUUCCUGGUGCUCAUCAAUGACAUGCUGGCGUCAGGGGACAUCCCAGACCUGUUCACUGAGGAGGAGGUGGAUAUGAUCGUCAUGUCCAUCCGGAUGGAGCUGAGGGGCCUGGGACUGAUAGACACCAGAGACAACUGCUGGGCCUUCUUCAUUGAGAGGAUUCGACGACAGCUCAAGGUGGUUCUGUGUUUUUCUCCGGUGGGCUUCACAUUGCGGACACGUGCCCGGAAGUUUCCGGCACUGGUGAACUGUACAGCCAUAAACUGGUUUCACUCCUGGCCUCAGUCAGCCUUGCAGUCAGUCAGUACCACCUUCAUAGAGAAGAUCCCUGAUCUGGAGCCCAACGUCCGUGCAUCCAUCAGUGAGUUCAUCUCCUACGCACACACAAGUGUCAAUGAGGUGAGUGUGAAAUACCAACAGAAUGAGAAGCACUUCAACUAUACCACACCAAAGAGCUUCCUGGAGUUCAUGAAGCUGUACGACAACCUGCUGGGGAACAAACGUAGAGAGCUCACCCAGAAGAUGGAGAGACUGGAGAACGGCCUGCAAAAACUGCAGACCACUGCCUCACAGGUGGAGGACCUGAAGGCUAAGCUGGCGGUGCAGGAGGUGGAGCUGUGGCAAAGGAACACAGACACCGAGGCUCUCAUCGCAAAGAUCGGACAACAGUCAGACAAGCUCAACCAGGAGAGAGAAGUGGCUGAUGCAGAGGAGCAGAGGGUGGGAGCUAUCCAGGCGGAGGUGACUAAACAGCAGCAGGAGAGUGAGGACGAUCUAGCCAAGGCUGAACCUGCCCUCCAGGCGGCUAACGCUGCCCUCAAUACUCUCAACAGGUUGAACAUGACAGAGUUGAGGACGUUUCCUAACCCUCCUGCCAUUGUGACCAAUGUGUCUGCUGCUGUACUGGUCCUGCUGGCUCCUCAGGGUCGCAUCCCUAAAGACCGCACUUGGAAGGCUGCCAAGGUGGUCAUGAGCAAGGUAGAUGACUUCCUGCAGGCUCUGGUGAACUUUGACAAGGAGCACAUCCCAGACGCCACAGUGAGGUGCGUGAGAGACGAGUACCUCAGCGACCCGGAGUUCAACCCAGAGUUUGUCAGGCUCAAAUCCUCCGCCUCCGCUGGCCUCUGUGCCUGGGUCAUCAACAUCAUCCGUUUCCACGAGGUGUUCUGUGAGGUGGAGGUGAAGAAGAUGAGUCUGCAGCAGGCCAACGCUGACCUGGCGGAGGCUGCAGAGAAGCUGGAAGUCAUCAGGAAAAAACUAGCCGAGUUAGAUACCAGCCUGGACACUCUGACAGCUGCAUUUGAGAGAGCCACUUCUGAAAAGCUGCGCUGUCAGGAUGAAGUCAACCGCACCAACAAUACUAUAGAGCUAGCCAAUCGCCUGGUCAAAGGCCUAGAGAGUGAGAACGUGCGCUGGGCCCACACUGUAGCUCAGUACCAUGAACAGGAGGAGACGCUGUGUGGAGAUGUUCUCUUGACAGCAGCCUUCAUCUCCUAUGCCGGCUCCUUCUCCAAGAAGUACCGAGCAGAGCUUCUGGACAACCUGUGGAUGCCCUUCCUGCGCUGCCAGAAGAACCUCAUCCCUAUGACAGCGGGCUUAGACCCAGUGUGUAUGCUGACGGAUGAUGCUACAGUCGCCCAAUGGAACAACGAGGGGUUGCCAGGAGACAAGAUGUCCACUCAGAAUGCUACGAUUCUCACCAACUGUGAGCGCUGGCCACUCCUCAUAGACCCACAGCUGCAGGGCAUCAAGUGGAUCAAGAGUCGCUAUGGCAACCGCCUGAAGGUGGUGAACCUGAGUCAGAAAGGAUAUGUGGAUGUGAUAGAGCAGGCAGUGGUGAUGGGCGACCCAGUUCUCAUCGAGAACCUAGAAGAAACCAUGGACCCUGUCAUAGACCCUCUACUGGGAAGACACACCAUCAAGAAGGGCAGCUGUAUCAAGGUGGGGGAUAAGGAGUGUUUCUUCCACCCAGCCUUCAGACUGAUCCUGCACACUAAGCUGGCUAACCCCCACUACAAGCCAGAGAUCCAGGCCCAGACCACCCUCAUCAACUUCACUGUGACCAGGGACGGCCUGGAGGACCAGCUACUGGCCCAGGUGGUCAACCUGGAGAGGCCCGACCUGGAGCACCUUAAGAGUGAUCUGACCAAGCAGCAGAACCUGUUUAAGAUUGAGCUAAAGGUCCUGGAGGAUGAGCUGCUGACCCGGCUGUCUGCUGCAGAGAGCAACUUCCUGGGAGACAACGUCCUGGUGGAGAAGCUGGAGACCACCAAACACACGGCUGCCGAGAUCGAGAUGAAGGUCCUGGAGGCCAAGGUGAACGAGGUGAAGAUCAACGUGGCCAGGGAGCACUAUCGCCCUGUGGCCGUCCGAGCCUCCCUGCUCUACUUCAUCAUGAACGACCUCAACAAGAUCAAUCCCAUGUACCAGUUCAGCCUCAAGGCCUUCAACGUGGUGUUCCACAAGGCGGUGGAGCUGGCGGAGGGGAGUGAGGACGUGAAGAGCAGAGUGAACACACUCAUCGACGGCAUCACCUUCUCCACCUUCAACUACAUCAGCAGAGGCCUCUUCGAGAGAGACAAGCUCACCUUCACAGCUCAGCUCGCCUUCCAGCUGUUGUUGAUGAGUAAAGAGAUAGAUGUACGAGAACUCGACUUCCUGCUACGCUUCAACAUUGACCACACCUACGUCAGCCCUCUGGAGUUCCUGUCUAACACUGCCUGGAGCGCCAUCAAGACAAUGAGCUUCACAGAUGAGUUCCGGGGUCUGGACCGGGACAUUGAGGGCUCUCCUAAACGCUGGAAGAAGGUGGUGGAGUCUGAGUGUCCUGAGAAGGAGAAGCUCCCGCAGGAGUGGAAGGGGAAGAGCUCCCUACAGAAGCUCAUCAUGAUGAGAGCCCUCCGACCCGACAGGAUGACCUACGCUGUCAAGAACUUUGUGGAGGAGAAGUUGGGGGUUAGCUACACAGAGGGGAGGAAGACAGAGUUUGCCAAGUCCUUCAGAGAGAGUGGUCCUGCUUCGCCCGUCUUCUUCAUCCUCUCACCUGGAGUGGAUCCACUCAAAGACGUGGAGUCACUGGGCGGGAAGUUGGGCUUCACCAUCGACCUGGGGAAGCUGCACAACGUGUCUCUGGGUCAGGGCCAGGAGGCUGUGGCUGAGGUUGCCAUGGAGAAGGCAGCUAAGGAGGGCCACUGGGUCAUACUGCAGAACAUUCACCUGGUGGCUCGCUGGCUGGGUACCCUGGAGCAGCUGCUGGAGCGUUGCUGUGAGAACAGUCACCCUGACUACAGGGUGUUCAUGAGUGCUGAGCCUGUACCCACAGCUCAGGAACACAUCAUACCCCAGGGUAUCCUGGAGAACGCUAUCAAGAUCACCAACGAGCCUCCCACUGGCAUGCAUGCCAACCUGCACGCUGCCCUCGACAACUUUGACCAGGACAUCCUGGACCAGUGCAGUCGGGAGCAGGAGUUUAAGACCAUCCUCUUCUCCCUGUGUUACUUCCAUGCCUGCGUGGCUGAGAGGAGGAAGUUUGGUCCUCAAGGCUGGAACAGGAAGUACCCGUUCAACACUGGGGACCUCACCAUCUCUGUCAACGUGCUCUACAAUUACCUGGAGGCCAACUCACAGGUGCCGUGGGAGGACUUGCGCUACCUGUUUGGGGAGAUCAUGUACGGAGGUCACAUCACUGAUGACUGGGACAGGAGACUCUGUAGAACCUACCUGGAGGAAUACAUGCAGCCCAACCAGUUUGAUAGGAAGUUGGCUCUGGCUCCAGGCUUCGUGGUUCCUUCUAACUUGGACUACCAGGGUUACCAUGGGUACAUAGACGAGAUGCUGCCCCAUGAGAGCCCAGUGCAUUAUGGGUUACACCCCAACGCAGAGAUCGAGUUCCUGACGGUGACGUCAGACAACGUGUUCCACACCCUGCUGGAGCUGCAGUCACCUGACGCCGUCAUGGGGGAGGGGGUCUCUCAGACCAUAGAGGAGAAGGUGAAGACCAUUCUGGACGAAGUGCUGGAGAAGCUUCCAGAAGAAUACAACAUGUCGGACAUCACGUCCAAGACAGCAGAGAGGUCUCCCUAUAUCCUGGUCUGCUUCCAGGAGUGUGAGCGCAUGAACAUGCUCAUCUACGAGAUACGACGCUCACUCAAGGAGCUCGACCUGGGCCUCAAGGGAGAGCUGGCUAUCUCCUCCGAGAUGGAGCAGAUCCAGACAUGUCUGUUCUUUGCCAACGUUCCAGACACCUGGACCAGGCUGGCCUACCCCUCCACCUACAGCCUGGCACUGUGGUAUAAUGAUGUGUUGCUGCGCUGCAGAGAGCUGGACAGCUGGACUCAGGACCUGUCCUUGCCGAGUGUGGUUUGGCUGUCUGGCCUCUUCAACCCCCAGUCCUUUCUCACAGCGGUGAUGCAGUCUCUGGCUCGCAAGAACGAGUGGCCCCUGGACAAGAUGAAUCUGACCGUGGACGUGACCAAGAAGUUCAAGGAGGAGUUCAACCAGCCAGCCAGGGAGGGAGCCUACGUGUAUGGACUAUACAUGGAGGGUGCGAGAUGGGACACCCAGAGUGGGGUGAUCAGCGAGGCCCGCCUGAAGGAGCUAACCCCCUCCAUGCCCGUCAUCUCGGUGCGCGCCGUGCCCAACGACCGCCAGGAGACCAGAAACAUCUACGAGUGCCCGCUGUACAAGACCAAGCUCCGCGGAGGCACCUACGUGUGGACCUUCAGCCUCAAGACCCGGGAGAGGCCGGCCAAGUGGGUGCUGGCCGGCGUGGCCCUGCUGCUCAGCGUGUGAGGGGGCGUAUGUUCUUCAUCUGUA